GAGUGUGCGAUGAGGGAGGAAGUUUGUGGGCGUGAGUUACUGUGCCUUGUUUAUCCGUGUGUUGUAUUUUUAACUUGAUAUUGAAAGACAGGCCGUGUUACGAAAUGUGCGUAGUUUGUUGUCAAGACACUGUCAUCUAAUCCAAGGAAAUGCAUUUUGCAGAAUCAACAACUUAGAAAUUUUUCUUUUUGUUUUGUUUUUUUUUGGGAGUAAGUAAGACACUACGAGAAAGGGAAAAAAGACGCUGAAUAGUUAUCACAGUGCUUCACUCUUCGUUUGGGUGAUUCACUGGGAAGUGCGAUGUACAUUGGCAUGUCGAGGAUGAGAGGACUGUAUUUAUAAACAUGACUUCUGUGUGGAAAAGACUGCAGCGAGUUAACAAGAGAGCAGCAAAAUUUCAGUUUACUAUUUCCUAUCACCAGCUAACGUUAGAGACUACUUCGAAAUGGAAGCCAACAAAAUUAAGUGUUGUAUGGACUCGCCGAAGUCGACGUGUUGUAACAGAGCCCUUGGCGUGGGAACCAACCAUGAAAGAUCCACUACGUGGUGUUGUCGUCUGGGCAGUUCCAGAGAAUAAAGAAAUUACAGUAACAUUAUUCAAAGAUCCAAGAACACAGGAACUGGAAGACAAGGACUGGACUUUUCUAGUUGAAGAUGUUCCAGCAACUGGCAAACGUCGUCAGUUGGCAGCAACAAAUAUUAACAUGCGCAAAUAUGCCAGUGUAGAGUCCAAGCAGAGUCAUUUGAACAUGACUUUGAAACCAGUAACUAAGAAAAUUGUUGGUGCCACGUUGGAGGCAACACUAUUUUGUGUUCUUGUCCGGGAAGGGAAAGCCACAGAUGAAGAUAUGCAGAGUAUGGCGAGCCUGAUGAGUAUGAGUGACAUAGCACCUCUUGAAGAUUUUGAGGAUGAGGAGGAAGAUAGUUCAAAACUUCAGGAAGUGGCGGAUCUUGCAAAUCAGAUUGACUUAUUGACUAAUAGUUUGAGUGAGUCAGAAUUUGCUAGCACACCCAUCAGUGUUGCAAGUUUGUCCUCAUAUAUUAAAGAUGAAACAACACCUAUAGCAACUGAAAAUAUGAGCUUCAUGGGGGACUCAGUAGUUACAGGGAUUCCAGAUGUUGUUGCUGAACUAGAUAAAAAGAGUGAUGAUGCAAGAAGCAAAAGCAUGAUUGAAAACAGUACUCAUGGUGCCCCACAAGAGACCCUGGAAAUUCAAGAAAAGGAGAGUACUCCCAAAAGAAAGUUGAGCCUGAAUUUGCAGCCUCUGAAUUUUGAGCAGGGUGAACGAAAAUCUCCAAAACUUGCAGAAACCACUCCAGGCCAAGACCUAUUGGAGUGGUGCAAAGAGGUAACCCAAGAUUAUCCUGGAGUGAAAGUGACCAAUCUAACAACAUCUUGGAGGAAUGGCAUGGCCUUCUGUGCUGUUAUACAUCAUUUCCGUCCAGAUCUUAUAGAAUUUGAUUCACUCUCCACUCAUGAUGUAAAAGGAAAUUGUAAGAAAGCAUUUGAGGCUGGUGAAGCCCUGGGAAUACCAAAGGUGAUUGAACCAGGAGACAUGGAUUUGUUAACAGUGCCAGACAAGUUGGCAGUAAUGACAUAUUUAUAUCAGUUGAGGGCCCAUUUCACAGGCCACGAACUGGAAGUGCAGCAAAUUGGGAAAACAACUGAUGAGUCUUCAUACAUGGUUGGUCGUUUCAAUACGGAUACUGACACGGAUGUCACAGUCCAGCUGUUUGGCCAAGAAAUUAUGAAUCUCCGCAAACGGGAAACAGCAGAGCGAAAUCAGCAGAACAGGUCUUCGUACAGGAGGUCUGCUUCAAUUGAUUCGGAAGGAACAGGUGACAGUGAAGGAAACAAAAGUGCAGUUCUUUCCCCAAAGACAGCUCGGCAGAACUCUUUACUUAGGCUCCGGUUACCACUUGUGUCCGGUGACUCUGGGGACAAUUCAGAAAAGUCUCCAACAUCGGUAAAAGAUGUCAAAGACAAAAUUCUUGCCAGCUCAAAGAGUAUAAUUGGAAAAGUUUUGUCCCCUACCAAGGACAAAUUUAAUAGAGAAAAGAGUAAAUCUCCAGUAGCAAAUACUCAGCGUCCAGUACUUAUGACAAGGCGUCAACUGACUGAUCCGUUUGCAUCAGAUGAAGAAGAUGAGAGUCCCAAAAAUGAUGGCGAAGAAAAGAAAUCUCCAACAAAUACGGUGUCCCUCUAUCGCUUGUCACAAGACAGUCAAUCUGUUAAAUCAUAUGACACGAAGAUGAACAAAGAGAACCCAGACGUGCAGGACCAGCCUGCUUCACCCGCCCAUAGUGAACCACUUACACGACAUCAAAUUCUAACACGUCAUGAUGAAUUGAGAGAGCGUGCUCGUCAGCUCCUGGAACAAGCCAGAAGAGAAGUAACAAUUCGUGGGACUAACAGCCAUUUAACAGUUCAGUCACCAGUCAAGGAUGAUGAGGAGAGGCAGCAACAGUUACGAGAAAGAGCACGAAAGCUUAUUGCUGAAGCAAGAAUGGGUGUUGUUCCUACUUCACCAAUCACAGGUGCUAGUGACAAUAGUCCUUCUAGGGAGAAUGAAAAGUCUGAUGACCAGAAUAAUGUUUUGUCACGGACUUUGGAGAGAAUGAAAGAAUCAUCUCCAGUGCAAUCACCAGAGCAUAAAGAUGAGCAGAAUGGUAACAUCACGCCAUGGAGUCCAACGAAAAGUCCGACUAGUCCUACAAAGGUUUUGGAGACCUCUGAUAAUAGUCAUGUUGCACAAAAUAUUAUGGAUGAAGCAAACACUAAUAAACCAGCAAUAUCACCACUUCAUUCAUUCUCUGCUCUUAUGGAUAGAAUUUCACCAGAAAAGUCUCCAGACGCUCAUCAAAGAGGGUGUGGAAAGGAUGUAAAUAACUACAUACAGAAUGAACUGGAAGCAUUAGAACGAGAGCAGAAACAAAUAGAUAAACAGGCUGCAUUGCUUGAAAAAGAUCUACGGAAGGUAAUGGAAGCAGGUAAUGACAGGGAAAGAGAAGAAAUACUUAUGUCUAAAUGGUUCACAUUAGUCAACAAGAAAAAUGCGUUGCUAAGGAGACAAAUGCAGCUGAAUAUCCUUGAGAAAGAGGAUGAUCUAGAAAGAAGAUCUGAGCUGUUAAACAGAGAACUUCGCAGUAUAUUGGCGAUUGAAGAGUGGCAGAAAACAGAAGAGCAGAAGGUGCGUGAAAAUUUGCUGUUAGAUGAGCUGGUAACCAUUGUAAACAAGAGAGAUGAGCUUGUCCAUCAUUUGGACACCCAAGAAAGAGCUAUUGAAGAUGAUGAUGAAAUUGAGAGAGAUGUUAGCAGAGUUGGAAUUGGCCAACAAAACCGAAAUUGUGUAAUUCAGUGAAAUGUCGCUCCUAUAAUAUACAAGACUGUAUAUACAUAUAUGGCUGUCAUUAAAACAUUGUGCUGCCAAAGAUCACCAUAGUCAUCAUCAUGUCGCUGCCGUGUGCUCCUUGCUGGGUCUUGUUUUUACACUUUUUUAAAAAUUGUACUCCAUUAUGUAAUAAGAACACAAGUGUGUAUAUGUGCGACUGUUGUGGCUACCUAGAAAUUAAUUUGUGUUCUCUGUUUAUGUUGUUGUUUCUUUUGGAUAUGUGCAGAUUCUGUCUUGGCACAAUCACCCAAAUCACACUUUGUUUCUUGGAAAUACAGAGAGAUGUUGAAGUGCACAAUGAGUCUGCUUGCAUGUAAUUGGCAGAGACUGUGAUUUAUUUUGUGACGCCAAAGGCUUUCCCGGCGUAAUAGCUGAUAAUAUUCUUCUCUGGUGUGCAGCCGGAUCAUAAUGUCAUCUUGACACACUAUUUCAGUGGUCCAACUGGCCGCCAUCUUCAGGUGAGAGUGCUGGUACACGAUCUCACCGGAACUGACUACUCAGCACAUGUGGCGGCCCCUAUAAAGGCCGCAGAAGGCCCAC